GUCCGGGGACAGCAACCACCACACGGAGCAAUGCUAGAAACACUUCCGGCCAACUCAUCGCUGUGUUUGUCUGACAGACACUUCAGUGGCCAACAUGGUGUUGUUAACGUUGAUCGCCCGAGUGGCGGACGGUUUGCCUUUGGCAGCUUCAAUGCAGGAGGACGAGCAGUCUGGAAGAGAUUUGCAGCAGUAUCAGAACCAAGCAAAGCAGCUUUUUCGAAAACUUAAUGAACAGUCACCAACGCGAUGCACUUUAGAGGCAGGAGCCAUGACAUUUCACUACCUAAUUGAAAAAGGUGUUUGCUAUCUCGUAUUGUGUGAAAUGUCAUUUCCGAAGAAGCUGGCAUUUGCUUAUUUAGAAGAUUUGUACAAUGAAUUUGAUGAGCAGCAUGGGAAGAAGGUACCGACUGUAUCAAGGCCUUACUCCUUUAUAGAGUUUGAUAAUUACAUUCAGAAGACAAAAAAGUCCUAUAUUGAUAGUCGAGCAAGAAGAAACCUGGGCUCCAUCAACACUGAGUUACAUGAUGUGCAGAGAAUCAUGGUAGCAAACAUUGAAGAAGUCUUAUUACGUGGAGAAGCGCUUUCAGCACUGGAUUCAAAGGCCAGCAACUUGUCAAGUUUGUCCAAAAAAUACCGCCAAGAUGCAAAAUAUCUGAACAUGCGAUCCACCUAUGCCAAGCUGGCGGCUGUUGUAGUGUUUGCAGUAAUGCUUAUUUUGUAUGUCCGGUUUUGGUGGCUUUGAAAUAUAAUAUAGAUCAAAGAAGGUUGUAAAGGUUAAAUGUUGGACAGUUAAUUGUUGCCAUCAUCUUUGUCUUCUAACUGCUAAAACACAAAAUAAUAGUGUGGGAUCGUCCAGUUUUGGAUUAAAGCAUCUGAAAGGACUGGCUCAGAGAUGGAGUUAAACAUUUUAUGAAUUCGAAGAUCGGAAACCUCGGGAAUUUAAAACGUUAGCAAUUUUUGUUUUUGAAAUGUCAACCUACUCACACUUUCUUUCUAUUACAGUUCAAUCUAAAAUACUUGAUCGUUUAUUUAACAGCACAAUCCUUUGCAUGCUUAACAGUUAUCCAUUUCCUGCUAGCAAGCAACAUGGUAAUACUUGCCAGGAAUAGUGUACUAGGUUGUCAAGAGAGAAAAUAAAUCCUUGCUUCUCAGAACAAGCCUAAAGAUAAUACAUAUAUUUCAUAUAGCAUGGCUUUUUUCUUGAGAAAAAUGGUAGGUUGUGUUUAUAAGAGUCAGUCUGCCUUAUUUAUCAUGGUGUCCUUAAAGUAUGUGUGAACCCUUACCUUGUAAAACACCCCAUUCUGUUUAAAUUAGGGAAUUACAUGUAAGCUGACCAUACAACUCAGUAGAUUUACAGUAAAAAAAAAAAUAUGAAAAUUCUCAUCAGUAUAUAGUAACUAUGAAUGGUGUGUGUUUUUUUUUUUUAUUAUUAUUAUUAUUCAAUUUUGGAAUGAAUGUGUAUUGCCGAAGGAAAACCACAUUCACUGUUGAAAAUUGUUAGAGCAAACAUUGCAGUGGUUGAAAACAAACAUCAAUCUGACCCACUAACAAGUCGAAAAUUUAACAAACUUUCCUGAAACCACACUUUGUUUAUUGAAAGAAAUUCUUUUAGUAUAUGACCAGCUUUAGAAAAUACUUCCUUCUGGGCAACGGUGUAUGAAAAUACAGGCCUUUUGUAUUAUGCUCAGCUUAACAUCUUCCUCCAACCCCCUGUUCUGACUGUCAGUGUGCUUUCUAGCCUCCCGAUUGGUGUUAUUGCACUGUGUAGCCGAUAGGAAGGCAAGAGGAGAAGGGGGAGACCUAGUUGAUUUUUCUCCAACUAAGGCAUGAAUUUUAUCCUGGUGUUUUACAUCACAGCUGAAUGUGUGUAGACACUAUCGUACAGCAAGCAAGUGGUUUCUUGCUGUGAGUCCAAUUAAAACUUGGCUUUACAGAUACUUGAUAAAUAAGGUGACUAGUGUGCUUAUUGUAUAUUCUUCACUUCUUACUGUAAUUUUUAAGACCAACCAAAAAAGUUAAUCGGUUCAAAAUAAAUGUACACAGGCAUAAUCAAACCUUUCAUUUUUCAGCACCUGCUUGGAUCUCUACAAAAAAGUUUAUUAGGUAGAAAAAUGCUGGAGGAUGUGUGUGGAAAAUAAUAAGCUGUUUUUAAUGUAAUUUAAUAAAUAAAUUUUAAUAAAUCUUA